CUCCGCCUUCCAGACGCCUCCAAUCCGGGUUUCCAAACGUCUCGAGAGGAAGGAAGAGGAACACGUCACGGCGAGGUGCGCGGGCGGCCGCGUAAGGAGGAGGAGAUCGAGGCGGGCGGGCGUGCGUUGGUGCGGGCAGCCGUCGGUCCCUUCCAUCGGAAUCUGCAGGACUUUGCUUGUGCGGCCUGUUCUUGGAGGAGGGGUUGCUGAGGAAACCGCAGCCGGUUAGCCAUGUCGUCCUCCGUGCUGAGGGCUGCGGUCGACAGGGCCAUCCGGAGGCAGGCAGUCACGCUGACGGACGCCGCGGCGUCCAGGAUCCGGCAGCUCCUCAGCCUCAGGCAGCGGCCGUACCUGCGGCUCGGCGUCAAAGCGCGAGGCUGCAACGGCCUCUCCUACACGCUCAAUUAUGCCGAUGAGAAGGGGAAGUUCGAUGAGCUUGUUGAGGAGAAAGGGGUUAAAGUGCUUAUCGACCCCAAGGCUUUGAUGCAUGUUAUCGGCACCAAGAUGGAUUAUGUUGACGAUCCAUUGAAGUCCGAGUUUGUGUUCAUAAACCCAAAUUCCAAAGGGGAGUGUGGCUGCGGUGAAUCCUUUAUGACUACAAGCAGCAAAGGGUCCACAUCAUGAUGCGUUUUGCGUUGUAAAUGCGUAACAAAGUAUUGGAGGCCUCAGCUACUGAUUUUGUUGGGUCUAUUGUGCUGCAGCAGGCCUGCAGGACAUGCCACAAGAGUGGUUAUGUAAUGGAUGCGCCUAACAUACAUGUACUUCUUCAUUUGCCUCAGCCUGUUAUGAACAUGGAGUCAUUUAUCCAUGUUUUGUAUAUUUUGAUUGCACACGAUAUAAGACCUCGAAUGGUUACCAAUCUUUUAGCGCCA